CUCUGACUCAUUAUCAAAACUCCGCUGCACAUCACCUGAUCCCAUCCAACAAUGAGGAAUCUUGCUCUCUGGGCUGUUGUCGGAUUUCUGUCAGCGGUCUGCACUCACACCGCUGUCACCCAAUCGCCAGCCAAACUCGAGGAUGACGUUCUGAAAGAGGCUGAGAUAGAUGGGUUUCUUGUCCAACAAACACAUCCCUCGACCGAAUCGACAAAAAAGACCACGACUCUCAGUCCAUCCAUUCAUCAAGUGGAGAACUCAACAGCACAAAUAGAUGAGAUUGAAGGUAGUGCAGCUGGCAAUGAAUCAUUUGUUGCUCAGGGAGGCGAGAACCAGACAAUGACAAUCCAAGUCUUUUCCUCCACGACAUCAUCUUCAACUAUUGGCUUCACUUCGCACUCACCCAUCGCCACGACCCCCCAAGCUGACAGCAGCAAUUCAUCUUCCGCCAAACCCGACCCAAGUUUGGUACAUGGAUACAUCGUGGACGACGAAUCUCCUUCAGGCUCAGGAGAUGGUGGGAUCCUGGACCACAGCACAGCAUACCGUGUGACUCCUGUCAACUCCGAGUUUGGCACGGCAACUUCAACUGUCAGUCAUGAGAACAUCUUACCCACUCAUGCCAGCAGAGGAUUAGGACGCAGUCUGAUAGCACUGGUCGAACCUGAUGCAGAGAAAAUCCUACAACCAGCGCAUGGUAAUCCAAAGGUGGAACCAGAAACUCACAAAGGACACGUCACACCUGACUGGAUCAUCAUCCUUGGGUUUAUUGUGGGUGUAGCAGCACUGGUCAUGCUCUGCGUUGCCAUAGCUACAAGGGACAAAUGGAACGGACCACGUGAAGUGAGGCAUCCAGAGACGCAGAACACCUCCCCACACCAGCAGAGGGAGCAAGAGAUGACCACAUACCUGCUCCAACAGGCCCCAAGAGUGAACGGAAAGGCAGGAGAGUACACUGUCAUCCCUCUGGAAGAUCUGCCUGACAAAUGCUGACAAAGAUGAACGUUUAACUUGAGCAGAAGUACUUUGUGAAACAUUCCAAACCCAGUGUGCGUGCUCCUUCAUUUCAUUCUUUAAAAAAGUGCUAGACUGUUUCUAAUCUGCCUGAGAUUUGCAGUUGAUCAUCUUGAAUCCAUCUGCCGCACUGUUUUGUAUUGUGUUGAGCUUGUUUGUGUUUACAAAUGUUGUUGUUUAUAUGCUGUGGUAUGUAACUUAUAUUAAGAAUGUUUGUUGUAAUAGUGUUUUUUUUCCCACUUUGAAAUAUAAUAAAGUAUUUACAGUCAGUGCCUCCUGCUCUGCUGAACCUGACAAACACUAACACUAAAAACAAAAUGCUGAAAUGGUGCAAGUGAUAUGUCUUUCCGACCAAAAACAACAUUGCCUUUCAUUGCUGGCAUAAUAAUAAAAGUUCAUUACUCAAGUGAGGUGCCACCUUUACAAAAGGUGAGUCACUGUCAGACAUGUAUUUGUGUUCUACCAUGACCCCAACACUCAUACCACAAGUCCCAUUUUGUGUUGCACUUGCUGAAGCUUUUAUGUCUGAGCCGAAUGUUUAAAUCAUAUUUGUUUGACUUCAUCCACUUACUUUAUGUGUGCCUUUCCACAUUUCAGUAUUCAACAUUUGUUUUUGUAAUUUCUCACCUGUUGAGACUAAUAAAUGAUUU